AUGGUUAUCCUAACUGCAAUUUCUUACUUUCCGGUGACAUUGUCUUUUGCCCUCAGAGUUUUCGCGUUAUGGCCGGAUAAACGCGCUCUGGCUGGAGUAGUGUUUACGCUGGGGCUGGCCCCUGUGAUCACCAAUGGAGAGGAUAUGGGUUGGGCUGCUACUUCUUACUCAAGCCCUCUGAAGUUGACAAUUACCACCUGGAUUACACCAUCAUUACGACUACUAAUUCAUGUCACUGCUCUACCAGGUGACUUCGUAGCUCAGGGAGCAAUGCUCACUCAGGAAAUUUUGGUCAUAGGCUUGACCUGGGCUAGGACCUAUCGACAAUGGAGAGAAGCUCAGCAUAUAGGGGUACCAGUCUUAUGGAAUCAAGCUCCCACUUCGCCUACUAACAUUGCUCACCAUAGGUACAACAUAUUUUGUCAUCAUGCUCGUUUUGAAUGUAACCCAGAUGGCGAUCUUCUCUGUGCGUUCUUUGUAGAUAAUGCGCACCCUGUUGACGCUGAAAUAUCUCCACAGCCUUCGAAAGGAGAAAUUAUUGGUGGCAUCAUGAAUACUAUGCCGCUUGUUCUUACCUCCCGGUUUAUACUCAAUCUCCGACAACUGAGCGAGCCUUCAGAGGAGCGUUCUUUUCGUCAGCCCUGGUCAUCCUCUAUAUUCAGAGUCAGCCCCGGUACCUUGGGAAACAUCUCUGAGCCUCUCGAUCUUGGUGAAUACAAUGCAUACGAGGAUAAUGAUGGCGAAGCUGCAUCAGAAGGGGUGGAGAAUGUGAACUGCAUCAAAGAGGAUGCCUAUGUUGAUAUUUUUCUAAGGUUGCGAAGACAGAUGAUACAAAUCAUCCGGUCCCAGCCGAAUCUGCUGCAUGAUGCCACAGAUUUAUUCAAAGUUGUUUCGAAUAUGUCCAUGGGCGGCCAAGAAAAUUUGGCUGAAUUGCGUCUCGCCGCUGGAUGGCAGCCGCAGACUUCGGCUUUAUUGUACUGCGUAAAAUUUCAUUGACCGUCCCUGUGGCAGUUCUUUCGCUGU